AUGGCACCAAAACGACCUCUUUAUUCUCAGGGGACUUACGAGGCGUCUGUGGAAUCCAGGGAGGAUCCGCCACGUAGAAGCCGAGCCCUUCGCAGUCGCAGCCCGGGUCAGCCCAUGCUGAUCGAUGUAGGCGACACCCCACCGCGUCCUUCAGAUCAACAAGCACGCAACCGUAGAGUAGACAGGCGAGCAGAGGCUCCAGAAGAGAGAAACUCAAACUUCGUCGACUUAGAAGAAGCCAAUGUCCGCGGAAGACGCCAGUCAAGGAACAUGUCACCUCCAGCUCGGGAGCCGCGCGAUGCCAAUCAGGAGUAUAGUGACUUCAACCAUCUCAGGGAGUAUCGCGAGCGCGAUCCUAAUCCGUGGCGUGUCAAUAGUAAUGAAGAGCGCCAUGGCAGGCAAACCACGCCCUACCCCACCCAUAAUACAAGAACUCUGGCCGAUCAUGUUGUAAGGUCCUACCCCGACUGGACGAAACAGUCGGAUAUAGAAAAAGAAUAUACUGCUGUGGACAAAAUGAUCGAGCUAUUCAGGAACGAUCAACGGGCUCAACAGCCCACGUUGAAUGAUCGCAGUGGUACCACCUCGAUGAGUAGACAGAGAUAUGAGGGUCGUUUGGAUACUUGGCUGAAUCCUCCUCCGAAUAUGAGUUCGCUCAUCGAGGCAAAUGCUAGGAUGCGCGAUCAGGCUGAGUUGCAGAGAAGCAGGCGAGACCCUGUCGGAAACAACCUUCCUCUUCCAAGGGAAAGGGCCGAAAAAAUGAUUAGUGCCGAUAUGCAGAACCCGCCUCCGGAUCUCGCUCGUCGCUCAAGACACACUGGCCGCAGCGCUAGGCCGUUGACUCCGCCCCGAGCUGGGCCUUCCAACUAUCGCAGUCAGCCCCCAGAUUUGAGGAACUUCGUCGGCACAGGAUCGCCGCCGGUUGCGAGGUCUGAGAAUCCUGGUGGCGGAAGGGUGCUUAUUGAACCCAACAUGGAAUACUUUCUCCGUCACGGAAAUAGUCCAGUCGCAGCCCACCAACCGCAAGCACAGAGACCCGCACCUAAACGCAACGAGGAGUUCCGGAAUGUCCCGACUGCGCCUCGGAGUGUCCGUCCCUUCACCUUCGAUCCUCAAAGGACUUAUGGCCAGUCUCGACCCCCCUCACCCAGGGCACAGGCCACCGUUGAAGUGGCACCUUUUACCUUCCCUGCUCCAAGGCGUUUGCAGCAGGGGAGCAGAGACCUGCCAGAUCAGCGUAUUAGACCUUCUCCGGUCUUCGAUUGUGACGAAGGCGAACUCCCAGACAGCCAAGACGCUUGA